AUGUCAGGAAAAAAAAGGAAAAGUUCUGUAUCAUAUCGUGAUUCACCAGAUUAUGACAAUGAAACUCAUCCUUCUAGUGGUUCAUCAUGGAGUUGUCCUGUAUGUACAUUUAUAAAUAAACCAAAAGAUUUUAAAUGUCAAAUGUGUCAAUGUAGGAAGGGAACAUCUACAAGAAAAGCUACAAUAAAUGAUGAUAUUAUUAAGCAACAGGCUCAAGUUGAAAAAUUAAUUACAAAAAAUCACCAAGCAUCUGUUGAAAGGAGUUCUAAGAGAAGAAGUAAUGUGUCAGAAAGUGGUGUCAUUAGUAAAGAUUUACAUGAUUCUAAUACAACUUCAAAUGUUUCUACUCCUUCAAGUUCUAAAGCUGGAUCUGUUUCUAGAGAAGGUUCUACAAUUCUAGUUUCAGGAGUAAGUGCUGUAAUAACAGAAUUUGAAGCUGCUGAUAUCAAAGUUAAUCUAGAUGAGUAA